AUGCCUCGUCAACUCCCAUCUGACUGUUUAAAUGAAAUUUUUGAAUAUUUGAAAGAUGAAACGGAUUUACGUUCAUGCUUACUAGUAAAUCGUCAAUGGUGUGAGGUAACCGUUCGAAUUUUAUGGAGAAAUAUUCAAAAUUAUAACAUUUUAAUUUCUUGUCUUCCUGAAGAAUCUAAAGAAAACUUAUGCAAGAAUGGUAUUAUCAUAACUUCAAAACCUCCAUUAUUUAAUUAUAUAACUUUCAUCAAAAGUCUAUCGAUCGGUAAAAUUCUCAACUUUCUUAAAGAUCAACAACCCAACGAUAAUAAGAAUUUCGUAGUAACACGAGAAAUAUUUAAAAUGUUCAUGGGUCAGAUUACUUUGAAAAAGCUAGAACUUUAUUCUAGCUUAAUCAUUCCAAACAUACCGAUCAUCACAUACCCUGGAGCAAUAGAUUGUUUAAGGAACCUUUCGGAAUUUGGCUGUAGUUCGAAUAUCGAUUCAGAAAUUUUCUAUCAGAUGUCACAAAUCUGCCAUAAUUUAGAAUCACUGAACCUAACAUUUGAAAAAGUGAUCUCAAAUGGGUUAACAGACCUGAUUUCGGUUCAGAAAAAUUUAACAUACUUGUACGUAUUGUUUGAAGAUUAUGAUUCGUGGAGAGUACCUCCUCCAUUAAAAAGCCUUAAUGAUACUUUAAUCAAAUUACGCAUGGAUGGAAGUAUUUAUAUCCCAUUAAUUGGAUACAUUACCCUUCCAAACUUGAAAAGCUUAAAAUUUGGUUAUGAAGUUUUACCUAAUGAACCUUUAUUUAAAUUCAUGGAGAAUUGUGGGAAGAAUUUAUGGGAACUUGAUCUUAAUAAUACCAAUGACAAUUCAUUAAAUUUGGCUAUAGCCAAAUUUUGUCCAAAUAUGAAAUCAUUACGUACUCUCAUUAAAGAUGAUGAAGCAGAAACAUUGAGAUUAAUUUUAGACAGUUGUGAACAAUUGGAAAGCAUUUACCUUUGGUGUGGUGGCGAGUAUUUAAAUGCAGGCAAAUUAUUAGAAAUGAUCGUUGAUCAUUCACCUAAAAAUUUUCACGAAUUAAAAAUGGAAAGUAUGGGAUUGGAUUUUUUUCGAAUAACAUUAAAGACCGUAUUUAGAAGAUGGGCGAACCGUACAUCACAAUAUCCACUUUCUUUGAUUAUUAUUGGAAUUGCCGAUAUUCAAAGGACCAAUAGGAGAGUAAUUAAAAAAUUUCGAAAGUUGGGUAUUAUUAAAUUUGAAAUUAUUGAAUGGUAUUUAUAA